ACCGCGGACAGUAUUUUUGUAUUUUGUUUCAACACGUCCGGUAUCCGUAGCAACAAUCCCUGCUUUGUUUAUUGAUUUUUAUUGUGUUAUUUUUACUUUUGUUUUGAUUGCAAACCCACAAAAUGGAAACAGAAAACUGUUUCCACAUCAGUUUAACUGGUCAAAUAAAAUCCUGCUAUUUCCCAUGCGGAAUCGACGGGAAUAAAUUAUUUUGUCGAUACGACAUUGUUGCUGGAGCUGAUUGGGAUCUAGUUUCGGGCAUUUCAUCGGGCGUGACACAACUAUCCAGAGCAGGCUCACGAAUCGAAGAAAUUGUCUUCAAUAUGCCUUUGGAAGUGAUGUAUAAGUCUACAAAUCCAUUUGGCUGGCCACAAAUUAUCAUUUGCUUGUAUGGUAACAAUUUUUGGGGAGCAGAAAGCUCUAAGGGAUACGCUAGAUGCCAUUUGCCAAUUACUAGCGGAGAAAUCCGAGCACCAAUAUUUCAGAUAAAAUGCUCAAAUAUCUGGUCAUCGCUAACUACUUGGUUUACCGAUCGUAAUCCGGAAUUGAGAAAUCCGAAAAUUCUAGUGGAAGGUGAAAAAACGAAGGGUUUAUGUGUGGAGUCGUACGGUGAUGUUGUCAUAGCUACUCAGUCGAUAACCCGAGGUGGUGCGGACUUAAUGUUGGAUUGGGGUCAACGGUAGUUGAUCUUGUGAGGUGUGCGUACAAGAAUGAGUAUAGGGCUGAUACAUCGGAUACAACUUGAAAGAUUCAACAUGCGCCGUAUUAUGAGUUUAUUCAACUUUUAGAUACUUAAUGGAGAAUGUGAUGUAGCCCAUCGACAGAGGAGUAAAAAAUUAAUAAUUUGGUCAAAUCGAAAGUAGACUGAUAUCGCGAUUUUUAUCGUUUGUAAAAAAUUCUUGAAACUAAAUAAAUUGAAAAUUGUAAG